CCCGCCAAACGUCGUCAUAUGUUUUUUAUUGAUUCCCCUCAUCCCCUAUCUCCUAUUUAAUUUUAAACCUCACAAGCUCUCUUCUGAAUGUUGGCAUACUAAGCUAACGGCCCUUUAAUACCCUCUCUUUUCGUAUUGCCGAUAGUUCAAGUUUAAAGUUGAAAUUCAUCAUGAGCGUCAAAUCUGUUGAGUUCAAGUCGUUUGCCGACCAGAAGCCUGGAACCUCAGGUCUUCGAAAGAAGGUUAAGGUUUUCCAAGAACCUAACUACAGCGAGUCUUUCGUCACAAGCAUCCUCCUAUCUAUCCCGGAGGGUGCCGAGGGUGCAUUCCUAGUCGUUGGCGGUGAUGGCCGAUUCUGGAACCCCGAAGUUAUCCAGCUGAUUGCGAAGAUUGGAGCUGCAUACGGAGUCAAGAAGUUGUUAAUCGGUCAGAAUGGUAUUCUGUCAACACCUGCUGCAAGCCAUGUCAUUCGAAAGCGGAAGGCGACAGGAGGCAUUCUCCUGACUGCUAGCCACAACCCUGGUGGACCCGACCAAGAUUUCGGUAUCAAGUACAACUUAGCCAACGGUGGCCCUGCCCCAGAAAGUGUGACGAAUAAGAUAUUUGAGGCUUCGAAGACCCUCACAUCCUUUAAGAUCGCCGAUAUUCCCGACGUAGACAUUACCACUAUUGGAACCAAGACGUACGGCCCCUUGGAAGUCGAAAUCGUCGAUAGCACGGCCGACUAUAUGGAAAUGCUGAAGGAUAUCUUUGAUUUCCCCUUAAUCAAGAAAUUCUUCGCCGACAACUCAGACUUCAAGGUGCUCUUCGACGGCCUGCAUGGCGUCACAGGCCCAUACGGAAAGGCAAUCUUCGAGGAAGAGUUGGGCGUCAAGGGCUCCACACAAAACUGUGUCCCAAAACCUGACUUCGGUGGUGGUCAUCCCGACCCCAACCUGACCUACGCUCAUUCGUUGGUGGAAGCCGUCGAUAAAAACUCCAUUCCCUUUGGUGCCGCAUCCGAUGGAGACGGUGACCGAAAUAUGAUCUAUGGUGCCGGAGCUUUCGUAUCACCUGGCGACAGUCUGGCCAUCAUAGCUCACCAUGCGCAACUCAUCCCAUACUUCAAGAAGCAGGGUGUCUAUGGGCUAGCCCGUAGUAUGCCAACGUCAGGUGCUGUAGACCUUGUCGCAAAGGCCCAGGGCCUGAACUGUUACGAGGUCCCAACAGGCUGGAAGUUCUUCUGUGCCUUGUUCGACGCCGACAAGUUGAGCAUCUGUGGAGAGGAGAGUUUCGGCACUGGAAGUAACCACAUCCGUGAGAAAGAUGGCCUAUGGGCUGUCGUAGCAUGGCUCAACAUUAUUGCCGGACUGGGAGAAGCUAACCCGGGAACUACGCCGAGCAUCAAGCAGAUCCAGACUGACUUCUGGAAGACGUACGGCCGAGUGUUUUUCACCCGGUACGACUACGAGAACGUGGACUCCGAUGGCGCGAACAAGGUUGUUGGAACUUUGAAGGACCUAGUUGCUGACUCCAGCUUUGUGGGUAGCAAAAUUGGAGAGCGCACGGUAACCGAUGCCGGAAACUUCUCCUACACUGACUUGGAUGGUUCCGUCUCCUCAAACCAAGGACUGUACGCCCGCUUCGAUAGCGGCAGCCGUAUCGUCGUUCGCUUAUCCGGAACUGGUUCAUCCGGAGCAACGAUCCGUCUAUACAUCGAGAAGUACAGCAAGGACCCCUCGACAUAUGCCCAAGAUGCCCAGGACUUCCUCAAGGAUGAAAUCAAAUUCGCGACAGGUCUAUUGAAGUUCAAGGAGUAUGUGGGACGUGACGAACCUGAUGUCAAGACGUAGAUGGCUGUAUGCCUGGGUUAGAAUUAGCGCGUGGAUUAAAAUGUUAAGGCUAUGAAAGCAGUUAGCUUUUGGUGAUUACCUAUGGUGUUGAUACACUAUGUAAUUGACGCCGAUAUGAUCAAAAAUAAAAUGGACGUAGGUCUAAGUUGGUAUUGAUAUAUGCCUUAGUAUAUGAAGUAUUAAGAUAAUGAAAAUAUUUGAGGGCAUGCUAUUAGUAAA